AUGGUUUAUUGGCAGAAUGUGAAACAUGCAAAAAAAAAAGAUAAGGAUACUAAAGCAGUAGACUACUGUGCUUGCUGGAUACUUGCAAAUCAACCAGAUUUUCAAGAACAAUGGGGCCUAAUACAAGAAGAAAUAGAAAAAAGAGGUCAUAAGGGUGCUAUGAAAGCAUAUGCAAGACAAAAAUGUGACUAUACCUGGACUGGCUUAUGUCGCACUGUUCCUGAAGCUUUAGACUCAAUUCCAGUAAAGCAUAUUCAUGCAUAUGCAAGACUAAGUUUUUG